AUGAUAUGCCGUGAAGGAUGUAAUUCCCAUUCAAAAUAUUAUUCAUCAAUUACGCCUGACACUGUAAUUGAUGCUGGAAAGUUUUCUUUUAAUUUGAUGGCGGCAAUGAAGAAACAAGGGGGUUUUGAAGAAAUUAGACUUUUGGCUGUAAAUAUAUCCUCUUUGGAUGAAAUUUCAAAUAAAUAUAGGUCAUAUACAUGGGAAUAUAUAAAUCCAGAAUUUACCAAAUUUCAUCACUUCCAAUUUGGCCAUUUUGAAGCAAAUUCAGAAACAGGAUUUUAUUUAGAAUUUAAAUUAAAUGAAGGGAAUAAAUUACCUUUAACAAUUUUAAAUAGAAAUUCGAGAGUUUCUUUUAAUUCGAGAGUUUCCUAUGUAAAUUAUAAUGCCAGAAUUAAAGCUAAACAAAAUGGGUGGUUUAAAUCGACAAAAAUUUUUGGAUUUAAAGAAAAAUUAACAAAUGCUGAAAUAGAAGGAAGAAAAUCUUUUAGAAUUUAUAUUGGGGGAGAUAAUGCUAGAAUUAAUAUAAACAAAGGAUCUUUUUGGCCAUUUUCUUCUUCAAAGGAAUUAAUGAAUUUAGAACCGAUUGAUAAAUAUUUAAGAGAAAACUCUUUGCCUUCAAUGGAAUUAAUUAUUGAACAAUUUCCUUCUUGUGGAAUAUGCGGAGAAAAUAAAGAAGCGUCAGUAUUCAAAUUAAAAGGCUGUGAUGACUAUUUUCACAGAAAAUGCAUAUUAGAAUUAUUGAGAGCACAAACAACGCUUGAUAUUGAAUGGUCUCAUCAAUUUGGUUCAUAUAUUAGCGGGCAUAGAUGCCCAGUCUGUGAUAGCCGUAUCCUUAUAAAUAUGAAGAAAAAUGAUGCAUUAUAUGAUACACUAUCUGCAGAAAUUCGAAGAAGGCAAUACAGACAUGAAUUAAAAAUGCCUAUACUUCAGAACGGAGAAAAUCCUGUUUAUACCUACAAAUUUGAUCCAACAAUUACCAGACAAAAAGAAUAUAAUAAAAUAGAUUGUUAUAAUCUUCAGGGAGGGCAAUUUACUAGAACAAAAAUUUAUUUUCUCCCUUUGGUACCUAGAAGUCAAAGGCAAUACGAAUUUCAUUUACGUAUUUCUCCAAAUAUAAGAACUGUUGGCCCUAAAUUAUUACCAAUUGUUUGGAUUGUUCAAUUAGAUUGUUUAAUUGGAUGUAAUAAAUAUUUAGAUACACAAAUAUUGCAAACACAAAACUCUUUGGAAAAUGCUGGAAAAGUUGUUUUUUAUUUAUUAGCUUCUCCUGUUGUUAAUGGAGAAGGAUAUGAGGCUAUAACUAAUUUAAAAAUUAAAAUUACUUCACUUGAUAAAUUGGCAGGAAAAUAUAGAACAUAUACAUGGGAAAAUGUUGUGCCAGAAUUUGGAAAAGAACAUCAUUUUCAAUUUGGGCAUUACGAAUCAAAUUCAGAAUUAGGACUUUAUUUGCAAUUUAAAUUUGAUUUAAAUUAUUUUUCUCCUUUAAUUUUGAAUAAAAACGAGGUUGGUGCUCGUCCGUUAAAAUAUAAAGCAAAAUUAAUUGCGACUGGUUGGUUUUGCAACAAAUAUAGUUCUAAAAUUUUUGGAAAUAUUAUUGAAUUGCCUGAUAGUUCAUUGGAAGGAGAAACUUUUCAAAUACCUUUGGGAGGUACAAAUGGAAUUGUUCCUUUAAAAAGGAGAUCUUCUUGGCCUUUUUCUCUUUUAAAUUGUAUUAAAGAAGAUAAAGUAAAUAUUAUUAGAUAUUUACAAAAUAAUACUUUUCCUUCAAUGGAAUUAAUUAUUGAACAGAUGCCUGUUUGUGGUAUAUGUGGAGAAAAGAAUUAUGGAGAAGUUGUUAAAUUAAGCACUUGCGAGCAUUAUUUCCACACUUAUUGUAUCAAUAAUUCUGUAAAAAAAUCGGGAACAAAACAAAUAAAUAAAAAUGAAAUAUCUGAAGUUGUCGAUAUUUAUAUUAGUAAUGAACACAGAUGUUCUUUAUGUUUAAGAGGAUUUGCAAUUGAUAAAAUUGAAAGUCCUCCAACAGUUCAAAAUACAGAAAUUGCUCCUUCAAAAGGGAAGAAGCCUAUUGAGGCUGAUAUUGAAGAAAUUAAUAUCAGAAAGACUGAGCCUUUUGGUGAAGGUUCUUCUAAGAGAGCUGAAGUUUAUAAUGACGAAGAGAUGUCAUUAUAUCAACAAUUUCUUCGUGGUCGUGUUGAAAAUGAAGGUACUUCAUCGAAAAAUACUAGCGGCGAACUUGGAUCUAUUAAAAGUCCAAUUUCUCCAGGAACUUUUGAAAGAGUUUUUAAAGGAGAGGGGAAUAAAGCGUUUACUACUGAAAAUGAAAUUGAAGAGCUUGUUGAAAAAAAGAGUAAACUUCCUAGAUGGAUUUCUAGAUUUUUUACUAAACAAGAAAAACAGGAAGAACUUUCUGAGGAGGAUAAAACAAAAAGUGAAUUGAUGGAGAAUUUUCUCUCGAAUAUUCCUCUAGAAACUAUUCAAAGCGAAGAUGAACUAAGUGAAAACGAAGUUGUAGAGUUAAAAAGUGAUGAACAAAUGGAUGAUUUUAUAAGAGAACAAACUGAUAAAUUGAAACAAACUAGUAGAUUACUCACAAUACCUGAAAUUACAGAGGAUGAAUUGUCAUCCUCUCCUUUGAUCAGGAAAAGGAAUAAAAACGUUGAGAAAGAACAAUCAUCCGAAUCGGGCAACAAAUCUUUUAAAAGUGCAAGUGGAGGACAACCUUCAAAUAAUUAUAUACCUCCAGAUAGGAAAAGUACAACAAAUUCUUCGUCGGCUUCCUUAAAUUCUGGAAAGAGUACACCACCUCGAUAUGCUUUAUCUAAAGAAGGAAGUUCGGUUCAAAGUAAUUCGCCCAUUGAUAAUGGCAGUCCUACUAUAUCUAUUAAUUCAGACAAUGGAUUAAGACGGAGAAAUCAAAGUUCUGCCAAAAGAAGCCCUUUGGGGGGAAUAACUUCUCCAAAUAAUCAAAUUUUACAACGUUCAUCAUCUAGUAAGAGUGUUAAUCAACCUUCACUAUCAGAACAAACACUUACACAUUCAUCUUCUGGCAAAGAAAGUAUCGAUACUUUUGUUUCAGCACAAACAUAUUUUUCUUCUGAAAGAGGUGAAAAUGUUUCAUCUUCUCCUCUUCCUUCCGAUUUACCUUCUUCUCAUCAUUCUGCUUCUCCCUCACCUCAUCCAUCUGUUUCUUCUUCUCCUCUUCUUCAUGGAAAAGCAAUCACUUCAUAUGCUCAAAAUUGUUCAAUCUCCCCUCUUUUAAUUAGAAAACCUGCAGGAUUACAACAAUCUACAGCUUUUACUCAAAUAUACACUCAUCCAUCUCCUGCUAAAACUUCUCGAUCAAAACAAAGUGAUUCAACUAAUUCUAGUCAAAGAAUUCAAUCAAAAGGAACUUUAAUUAGUACCUCCUCAUCUUCUCAAAAAGGACAUUCAAAUAUUUACUUCAAUACAACUGAUAAUUUCGAAGAAACAAAAUCCUCAGAUUCUUCUUCAGAUUCUGACAAAAGUGUUGUGAUUGAGAAUAAUAAUGAAACAAAUAAAAACACAAAACAAAUUACUACAAUAUCAACACCCUUCUAUACUCCAUUAAACACUCCUUUAAAUGAUCCUUCAAAUACUUCAUUAAAUCCAUUAAAUACUCGAGAAAUUCACGAAAUUGGAGAGGAAGAAAUUAAUCAUGAAAAUGAAAAUAUUGAGAACUCUAUGGGAGAGGAAACUCCAUUAAUUGGCGGAAAUUUGGAUUAUGAAAAUAAAGGUGAUAAAAAGAAAAAACAAAAAGGUUAUUCUGCGACUGAAUUAAAUCUAGAUUUGAAGUAUGGCUUGCAGAAAUUAAAAGAUAAAUUUACGAGGAAAUUAAGCAAGAAAUAA